GCUCCAACCAGGCCCCGCCCCGUGACGCGAGGCCCCGCCCCGUGACGCGAGGCCCCGCCCAGCGGCGCCCGCUUCCAAGAUGGCGGUGACGAUGCCUGCCAGGCUGUCGGGGUGGCGAUGACGACGGGAAGCAGAAGAGCAGCUCCCAGGUGAUCGAGCGCCCUGCACCUGCGGGGCUGGCUCCUCGGCACGUGAAGAACGGAAAGGAACCCGUUUCCUAGUCUGCCCUGGGUUCUCCUGAGGCCGUUCCACAAUCCUGUCGUGCCUGCCUUACCCCUUGGCAAAAAUGUCUCCAUUAGCAGUCCCGUCCCCAGUCCCCAAACAGCUAGUCUCAGGAUCACUGUUGGAGUGCUGGAUGGAGACUUGCUCUGUCCUCUGUGACAUUUCCAAUCUAGAUAAUGCCUCACAUCUCUGCCCCCCCGGGACCCCCUGAAGUCCCCAUGAUCCCGAAGAAGACAGCUUGAACCUAGAGUUCUCCUCUCUCCUUCCAUAGACCUGAGCCCAGGAUGUUGCGGAGGCUGCUGGAGCGGCCCUGCACACUGGCCCUGCUGGUGGGCUCCCAGCUGGCUGUCAUGAUGUACCUGUCACUGGGGGGCUUCCGAAGCCUCAGUGCCCUAUUUGGCCGAGAGCAGGGGCCGACAUUUGACUAUUCUCAUCCCCAUGAUGUCUACAGUAACCUCAGUCACCUGCCUGGGGCCCCUGUUGCCCCAGGGGCCCCUCCAGCUCCUCAAGGUCUACCCUACUGUCCAGAACGAUCUCCUCUUUUAGUGGGUCCUGUGUCCGUGUCCUUUAGCCCGGUGCCAUCACUGGCAGAGAUCGCGGAGAGGAACCCCCGGGUGGAACCGGGGGGCCGCUACCGCCCCGCGGGGUGUGAGCCCCGCUCCCGCACGGCCAUCAUCGUGCCACACCGGGCCCGGGAGCACCACCUGCGCCUGCUGCUCUACCACCUGCACCCCUUCCUACAGCGCCAGCAGCUCGCUUACGGCAUCUACGUCAUCCACCAGGCUGGAAAUGGAACAUUUAACAGGGCCAAGCUGCUAAACGUUGGGGUGCGGGAAGCCCUACGUGAUGAGGAGUGGGACUGCCUGUUCUUGCAUGACGUGGACCUCCUGCCUGAGAACGACCACAAUCUGUAUGUGUGUGACCCCCGGGGACCCCGGCAUGUUGCUGUUGCCAUGAACAAGUUUGGAUACAGCCUCCCGUACCCCCAGUACUUUGGAGGAGUCUCGGCGCUCACUCCUGACCAGUACCUGAAGAUGAAUGGCUUCCCCAAUGAAUACUGGGGCUGGGGUGGUGAGGAUGACGACAUUGCUACCAGGGUGCGCCUGGCUGGGAUGAAGAUCUCUCGCCCCCCCACGUCCGUGGGGCACUACAAGAUGGUGAAGCAUCGUGGUGAUAAGGGCAACGAGGAGAACCCGCACAGAUUUGACCUCCUGGUCCGUACCCAGAAUUCCUGGACACAAGAUGGGAUGAACUCGCUGACAUACCGAUUGCUGGCUCGAGAGCUGGGUCCUCUCUAUACCAACAUCACAGCAGACAUUGGAACGGACCCUCGGGGUCCCCGGACUCCCUCUGGUCCCCGUUACCCGCCUGGUUCCUCCCAGGCCUUCCGUCAAGAGAUGCUGCAGCGCCGGCCCCCAGCCAGGCCCGGCCCUCCACCUACUGCCAACCACACAGCCCCCAACGGUUCACACUGACUCGUCCUGCCUGCCCACCUCAAUCAUGAAACCGAAUCAGACGGGUUGUACUCUCCCCACCCUCAGGUCCUCACUGCUCUUAGAGGGAUGCGGGGGACGCAACCCCAGGGCUGUGCUGGAGGCCGGGGCCUCUCCUCACUGCUGGACUGGAGCUGGGCUCCUUCAGACCUGGGGGUCCCUCUUUCUAGGGUCACCUGCCAGGGCUUAUGACUGUGAAUCCUUGGUGUCAUGAUUUUAUGUGAUGACUCCUGAGAGUCGCUGGCCCCUGGGUAAGAGCAGGGCUGGACCCCAAGUCCCUUCCUCUUCCACGGAGAGAAGAGUGAUCUGGCUUUUCCCGGGACCUCUGUGAAUAUUUAUUCUAUUUAUGGUUCCGAGGAAGUAUGUUUGGUGAAGGAAGCCCCUCCCUGGGUACUUUCUGCCAGUGCUCGAGUAGCUUCCUCUUCUGGACCUGGCUCAGGGGGCUGGGAUUUUGAUAUAUUUUCUAAUAAAGGACUUUGUCUUGCCUCUG